AUGCAGCAGAAUCCAUCGAUAAGCACAAACGAUAUUACAAAUUUAUUAGAGACAUUUUCUCGUGCACAAUACAGUGCCAAAGGUCUCGAUACCACAAAUGCUACUAUUGAAUUAUUAUGUACAAAUUUAUUUGAAAGAGAUUUUACCUGUCAGUCCAUAUUGAAUAAUAAUGGUGAAUUAUCUUUGUAUUAUCCACGUCGUAUUCUAAUUCCAGUUGCAGAUAAAUGGCACGUAAAAUCAAAACCAAAAUUACCAUCAAAUGUUGAUAUACGUGAUUUAUUUUUCCGUUCACGUUUUGCUAGAUGUCGAUCGAGAUUCGUUGCACCAGCUAUCCUCAUAGAUAAUAAAUUUAUAUGUCGUUCAGCCACACUUGCUAGCUGGGGAGAAGUUUAUAGUAGAACGGGAAUGGAUAGAGUGUUUGAUGGAAGUCGUACAUUGAAUCAAUUUGAAUCGUGUGUUGUUGAUGCACCUUCCACAGCUCAAGCUCCUGCACAAUCACCCGCUAUAGAUCUGGAUUUUGAGCCAAAUAUGGCUUUUGUACAAAAUGUUAAUGUAGCCAAUGAAACUGUACCUCAACAAAAUGUUAAAAAUAUUUUUGAUAAAUUACGCGGUGCUGAUAUCGAUUUAAUGAGAUUACUCGAUAUUGGCUUUGUUUUGAAUUUGAUGGUGGAAAAGAAAAAAACGCUGUUUGGAGUCAAGUAAGUAUCUAUCUUUAGUAGUCAAUAUAUUUUCUCGAUAGUGAUUGAUUCAAUUUUCUUUUGUAGUAUAACCUCAUCAGAAAAAUUUGAUAAAGAAAAUCGCUA